GGCUCGGCCGGAGCGAUGUGGGCGGCGCUGGGCAGGCUCGGCCGGAGCGAUGUGGGCGGCGCUGGGCAGGCUCGGCCGGAGCGAUGUGGGCGGUGCUGGGCAGGCUCGGCCGGAGCGAUGUGGGCGGCGCUGGGCAGGCUCGGCGUGGCGCAGGCCCUGGGCCCGGCCCGGUUGAUCGCUGGGCGCCCCGCGGCCGCAGGAGCCUUCUCCAUACCCCACGUUACCAUGGCCACCCACUUCUCCAAGGAUCAGGAGGAGAGAAUCAGGUGUGUGAAGGGGGACCUGUUCUCGUGCCCGGGCACGGACGCGCUGGCGCACUGCAUCAGCGAGGAUUGCCGCAUGGGCGCCGGCAUCGCCGUGCUCUUCAAGAAGAAGUUUGGAGGCGUCCAGGAGCUCCUGGAUCAGAAGAAGAAGACGGGGGAGGUGGCGGUUCUGCAGAGGGACGAGCGGUACAUUUACUACCUGAUCACAAAGCAGAAGGUUUCUCACAAGCCCACGUAUGAGAACAUGCAGAAGAGUUUGGAAGCCAUGAAAGCUCACUGCCUGAACAACGGAGUCACCGACAUCUCCAUGCCCAGGAUUGGGUGUGGACUCGACGGCCUGCAGUGGGAGAAAGUGUCAGCCAUCCUUGAGGAGGUGUUUGACAACACUGACAUCAAGAUCACAGUUUACAGCCUGUGAGCAGAACAAAGAUCCCCAUUUCCCCCAAUUUUGGGAGCACAACCUGAACUGAAAAGGGGGGAACAGUGUGGGGAGCACAUUCUGCAUCCGGGUGUAACAGUGCGGGGGGCUUCCAGCAGCAGCAAGCUCCAGAGAAGUUAAUUUGGGCUGUUAAUUAGCAGGAGGCGGCGGCGCUGUGCAAACGCUGCCACCAGGUGUCACUGGGGCUCCACGGAGCCGCUGCCCCGCGGGGUUUGGGGUUUCUGUUGGGGCUGGCGCUGCUGAGCCGCCCCAGCAGCGCCGGCACCUCUGCUUUGUUCUUUUGUCACUCCCCUGUUCUCGCAGCUGGAACGGUUUCACUUUUCCCUUGCGGCCACAAAUUGGGUUUGCUGAGGCCGUGCUCACUCAGGAUCAUGCCGUGGUGUUAAAUAAAGUGUGCCCUGCUGUUGGA